AUGGAGGCGAAAAUCCUGCAGAAUUUGGAUCACCCACAUAUUCUGCGAAUUUUCUCGUGGUACGAAGAGGGCGAUUGCAUCAACAUUGUCAUGGAGCAUUGUGAUGGGGGAGAGCUCCUCAAGGUCGUUCGGGAAGGCAGGCGGCAAGGAGAAGCCUUGCCGGAACCUUGGGCAGCGACCAGUAUUAGACAGUGCUUCCAGGCCUUGGUCUACAUUCACUCCAAGGGUGUCGUGCACAAGGACCUGAAGGGCCAGAAUCUUCUGCUUUUGCACGACACCAAGGAGAACAGCAAGGUGUUUGGGCGACUGCCUCAUAUAGUCAUUUGCGACCUGGGUAUUGCAGAGAUCUGCAGCCGGGGCAUCUUCGGACUCAGAGGCUCGAAGGUUGCUGGCACUCCGGCGACUAUGGCUCCGGAGGUCUGGUCUGGCAGCUGUGGCCCAAAAAGCGACGUGUGGAGCAUGGGUUGUGUCAUGUUCGAGAUGUUCACAAACAAGCUCCCCUUCGAAGUACGGGGCAAUGUGGAGGGCGCUGCAAAGCAGCAAGCCAA